AUGAGUGAGAUGACAACUAUUGAAACAAAACUUCGCGAUUCUAUUGGCACAGGGUCUGCACGUGCCCUACGUCGUGAAGGAUUUAUCCCGGCUGUUUUAUAUGGUGGCGAAGGGGCAAAACCUGCACAUUUGGCUAUUGAUGAGCGCAUUAUUAUUAAAGGCAUGCACCAAGAAAGAUUCAUGUCUAAGGUAUUAGAUAUCAAAGUGGGCUCAAAAACUGAAAAAGCUUUGGCACGUGAUGUUCAACUUCAUCCCAUCUCUGACCGUCCAAUGCACGUUGAUUUUAUGAGCGUCAGCAAGAAAAGUUCUGUGAGUGUGGCUGUUCCUCUUCAUUUUAAAAAUGAAGCCGCCUCUCCAGGGUUAAAACGUGGCGCUGUUCUAAACAUCGUCCAGCACGAGAUUACUUUGAUCUGCCCUGCAGAUUCUAUUCCAGAGCAUCUUAGCCUUGAUCUUACAGGUCUUGAUGUGGGGGAUUCUUUACAUGUUGAUGCCUUAGAACUUCCAAAAGGGGCAAAGCUUGCAAACCCUGAUGUAGACAAUACACUUGCAACCAUCGUUGCGCCUUCCAGCCUCAGAGCGAAAGAUCAAGAAGAAACUCCUAAAGAGGAAGCAUCCUCUGAGGAAGAGAGCUCUGAAGAAGGCGAAUCAAAAGAAUAA